UAAAAAAGAACUGUUGCUAAAAAUUUGCUCCGAGUUAUCACAAAUAAAAUGCAAAUUGUAACUACAAGAAUUGUUCGGUAUUAUCGCUACGAAAUAAAAAUACCUCAGAACUUAAAAAAAAAACCUACAAAAACGAACGUAAAAAAUGUUAGCGCUUGGAACACCGCACAGAGAUAGUCGUUCCCCGAAGCCACCUCUGCUUGAUCUCUCUCUCUCUCUGUAGAGUUUUCAGAGCAGCUGAAAGUCAUAUCAGAGCGCUCUAGAGUUCAUCUGAUGGUCAUAAAGCAGCUCCAGCUUGUACAGUGGCAUCCAUAUGGCGUCCCAUCUGGGGCUCCCGUCCCGUGUGAUUCAUUCAGAGAAGCACCUUCUGCCCGUCCGUCCCUCAGACCUCUCAGAGACGUCAUUCUUCUGCUGUCGUUCCUUCACGCUGAGGAAGCUCUCUGCAGCGGCUGAUUAAAUACAGAGGAUGAGCACAUGACCGAGUGACUGGGAGCAGAGGACGCGACUUAGCCAGCUUGAUUUAGUUUGUCUGUUCUGUUCCUCCGCUCUUCAUCACGAGCUCCAUCUUUCAAAACGUGGACGUCGCCUGAGAAACUUCUGAUACCUUCAACACAAACAUCUAAAACCUCUUUUAGCUCUCUUCAGGACUGAAAAAUAAGGAUUUUGAUCAAAUGAACCCACCGUGGACAGACGGACAGUUUGUCCAGCUCUCUCGGCGUGACCUUUGACCCCCGGUCGUCGAUGAGCCGUUUCUCCUUCACGCUUUCUUGCUGAUCUAUCAGCGACAGGGUGUCUAGACAAUCACGUGACCCCCGACGCGCCAAUGAGGGACGCGGAGACGGAGACGCGCACACACACACACAGAGAGAGAGAGAGAGAGAGAGAGAGAGAGAGACAGGCGUCUGAUCUUCAUCUCGUUCUCAGUCCUUCAGUUCUUCAUCGACUCGGAAACUUCCCGCGUUCGCGCUCCGGAGACGGAUAUUUGUGGAUAUUUCGAGCGCCUCGUUCCGGUGACCGCGCGAGAGCUUUCCUUCGGCGGGGUCUGAUGUGGAUUUAACGGCUUUUACCGGCGCGGUCCGAGCUGCGGGUUUGAUGACAAACGGAGAAAACGGCAGCUUAAUCGUCCCCGAGCCGAGCGACCGCUGUGGAUUACGAGCGGACUCGGUCCCGAUGAUUGCGCACUGACACCGGAUCCGAGAUCGUUCCCGGCAAAAGCCCCGACCGCGUUUCCCUUUUGGAUUCCGUGAGGUGAAAUAUUAAAGUCUGGCGUAUGAAACGGAUCGCGUCCGCUUCUCCUGCUCGCCGUUUCUCCGCCGCCUGCUCUGCGCCUGUGGAUUCGGACCUCCGGAUCUUCAUGACUUGCGGACAAAAUGGCCGUUUUGUAGCCGGGGAACCCUCUUGUCGUCCCGCAUGUUCAGGACCAAACGAUCGGGGCUCGUCAGGCGACUCUGGAGGAGCCGUGCGCCCGCGGAGGGCGACGGAGACGCGGAUACCGCCGGCGCCGCGGGCUGCUGCCUCGGGAAGCCGGGCGCCAGUAAGCCUAACCCCGGCACCGAGGCCGAACUGAAGGCGCUGACGUACUCGAUCCUCAAGAAGAUCAAGGAGAAGCAGCUGGAGGUGCUCCUGCAGGCGGUGGAGUCCCGCGGCGGAGCGCGCAGCCCCUGCCUCCUCCUGCCGGGGAAAGCGGACGCCAGGCUCGGCCAGCAGUCCUUCCCGCUCCCGCUGCUGCUCUACAAGGUGUUCCGGUGGCCGGACCUCCGGCACUCCUCGGAAUUAAAGAGACUCUCUUGCUGUGAAUCUUACGGGAAGAUCAACCCGGAUCUCGUGUGCUGCAACCCGCAUCACAUGAGCAGACUCUGCGAGCUCGAAUCCCCCCCACCCCCGUACUCAAGAUACCCCACCGACUUUCUUAAACCACCUGAUUCUCCAGGUUCCGUGCCUGCUUCCACUGAAACUGGAGGAACGGCGUAUUCGGCCCCUAUGGGGUUCUCAGAUUCCCUGGCUCUUCAGGAGCGUGGAGAACAGCCUCACUGGUGUGUGGUGGCGUACUGGGAGGAAAAGACCCGCGUUGGACGCCUCUACUCCGUCCAGGAGCCAUCUCUGGACAUCUUCUAUGACCUACCUCAAGGCACGGGCUUUUGCUUGGGCCAGCUCGCCUCCGACAACAAGAGUCAACUGGUGCAAAUGGUUCGGGCCAAGAUCGGCUACGGCAUCCAGCUGAGCCGCGAACCCGACGGCGUGUGGGUGUACAACCGGAGUUGCUACCCCAUAUUCAUCAAGUCAGCCACACUGGACAAUCCCGACUCGCGCACGCUGCUGGUGCAUAAAGUAUUCCCCGGCUUUUCCAUAAAGGCCUUCGACUUCGAGAAGGCGGGAAGCCUGCAGCGGCCCAACGACCACGAGUUCAGCCAGCAGCCGCGGACGGGCUUCACCGUGCAGAUCAGUUUCGUGAAGGGCUGGGGACAGUGCUACACCCGGCAGUUCAUCAGCAGCUGCCCCUGCUGGCUGGAGGUCAUAUUCAACAACCGAUAACAGCGCGCCACGACCCCCAUUCCUUCACGGAGACGGACUAGCCCUUACCUUUUACUGGACUACGUUGUCUUUCUGUUUUGUUUUGGGGUUUUUCGCGCGAGAGGCUCUCCGAAGGAUGUUUUACGGGAGACACGGAAAGCGGAAACUCACACGGACUCGUUUAAUAAAUGACUAAGAUUUAAUUAAGUGAAAUAAAAGCUAAAAUGUAUUUUAUGUUAAAUAUAAAUAUAUUAUUACCUGUAAAUACGAAGUUUUAUAUGCAUUGUUAUUUAUGUAUUGUGCAAUGUGUUGAUGAGAAAAAGAGAUGCACUUUGCUUAAUAUAAAUGCAAACAAAGAAAUGCCAAAAUAAAACAAAAAAUACCGAAUUCA